GAGUGAACUGCGACGAAGAAUCGAGACUGAUAUACCUACCUCCCUACCUACCUACCUAUACCCAGGUACCUAGGUAAGUGGUAGCGCCACAGGUGGGUGGGCAACAGCCGAAGCGGCUUGGUGCAUGAAUUCGUUAUACUGUUUCCUUCGCUUGUGCAUAGUGCUUUCUUUAUACCCUCCAAACACACGGGUUUGUGCAUACAUCGCAUGGCUAGGCGAGAAAAUGCCCCACCGCUACAAACCGGCGCAAGCGAUGAUAACUUCUCCCACCCAAGAAAACACCAUCACCCUGCCCAUCCGCACAAGAACGCUCUGCCGCUCUGCAACAUCUCUAUCUGGCAGCUUCUGCCCGGCGCAAAAGUUGCAGCUUUUUACCAACCCACCGCCCCGCGUCCUCCCCAAUUCUCGAAACUGAAGGAGCGAGUCUGCGACUUAGCUACCCCUCUCCUGUCCUUGUUCUUGUUAAUUCUCCCUCUUCUUUUUUUUUUUUUCCAUCGGCGCCUCUCCGCCUCCUUCUCUUAUCCCU